AUGCUAAAGUCCACUAUACCCAACCUUCAAUCUCUAAAGCGACCAGCAACUACAGGACGCGUCCGUCGCUUCGGGCCUUCGUCAAUAUCGAAGGCAGCGCCGCCAGAGAGAGCGGCUCUUUUACCUGCUGCACCUACAACAAAUGUUGCUCCUCCUGCUGAGUCAGUCUAUGUCGGUCUCACUGCUUCGUUGCAUCGACCUCACGAGCCGACACGUAACCGGCUAGUCGCUUUAAACCCCACAGUCUUUCAUCAUCCCAUCCGCCGUGAUAUUCUUCAUCUUUGCGUCAAUCACUAUCGCGACUCUUUACGACAAGGCUCAGCUAACACCAAGACUCGCGGGGAAGUUCGGGGUUCAGGCAGGAAGAUCAGACCCCAAAAAGGUUCUGGUAGGGCACGUCUUGGUGAUGCUCAAAGUCCAAUGUUAAGAGGCGGAGGUGUGGCGUUCGGUCCCAAACCCCGCGAUUUCAGCACAAAGCUGCCAAGGAAGGUCAUUCAAAUGGGUAUGCGUGUUGCAUUGAGUUCCAAAAUGCUGGAGCAUAAUCUCGGGGUGAUGAAGACCAUGGACUGGCCUAGUGGAAAAACAAAACAUUUGUCACACAAGAUAGAUUCUUUGGGCCUUAAGAACACCCUUUUCAUCACCGGGGAGGAGGAAGUGCCGAUCAUGCUUCAGAGAGCGAUCCGAAAUAUACCGCUUACAGGAUUAACUACUAGCAAAGACGUUAACGUUUAUGAGAUGCUGAAAUGGUCUCGCGUAAUGCUUGAUGCAAAAGCUGUAGAGUUCUUCGAGCGGACAUUAGGCAAAACGCAUUCCAUUGUUGAUGUAGUUUCAUCUGGAUCUCUGUAG